AUAUCUUGUGUUUCUUGUACGUGUACUUUCAUUAGGUUUGUGAGUUUCUGUGUUCUGUUAGAGAAAAUACGUUCAACUUUCGUGACUAGUAUGCAUGUCUUAAUGUAAUACACGGUCCUGUAUUUGAACAUUUCUAAAUACAGAUGUAGAAGAAGACUUUUUCUUGAAACGUCACACACACCGACAAAAUAAAAAAGGAUCAUUCCGAAUGUUUUAUUAUCCUCCUGUUAAAGAAGAUGUCAGAGAUUCUCAUGUUGCUCGUUUUGGAAAGCACACAGAUAUUGGAACCAUAACGUUCUUGUUCCAGGACAAUUCAGGAGGAAUGGAGGUGAAAACUAAGUCGGGAGAAUGGAUCCACGCCAUCCCAAUAAAGGAUACUGUUCUGGUUCUUGUUGGAGACUUGCUAUCGGUUUGGAGUAAUGGAUUAUAUCCAGCAACAUUUCAUCGACUGCUUGUUCCGAACGAUGAGGCCCAAAGACGACGAGAAAGAAGUUCCUUCGUCUAUUUCGUUGUUAGCGACGAUGACGUCUUAGUGCAGCCGCUCCAUAGUAGGAGCCCAACGACACCAAUAAAAACUUCGGAUUACUUUGCUCAAAGAGUUUAUAGUAUUAUGAAAUAUUAAGCUAUUUACUUGCAAGUCUAAUUUGUUCUCUAACAACUACAGAUUUCGUCAGAUAAUUGCUUACUGUUUCUAAUUUACCAGUUUUUUGUUUGUUUGUUUUUCUUUUCCGGUGUUAUUUGUUAUGUAUGUAAACAUACACAACUAUUCAGGUAAUAGAGCCAAAAUCAAACAGCUUGGCUUAUAAAAGAUAAACAAAUAAAACCAGGGUAUAAACUACACUGUGGAAAAAGUAAAAUACAUUUUAUUAAGAUAAGUAACCUGAUGAUUUAGGAUCCAUACAA